AGGCCCCCCUUCUCCUCCGUGAGCCGGAAAAUGAAGCAAUAUCCCGGCUGGAUGUUUUUCUUUAGCUUUGGGAGGAGACGGUUCUUCCCAUUUUCUUCGGCACUGAGCUUUUGAAAUAACUCCCUCCUUUUUUAUUUGCACUUUUAAGUAAUUGUAUCGAGCUUGGAUCUCGACAAGCCCGCACCCCAUAACUGCUGCGAGCCCUAGAUUGCAUUCCGGUGUGGGGGCUCCAGUUGGGGGGGGCGGGGGAAUGAUGUCCCAUGACACUAGCGAGAGACCCCCCCACCCUGAGCCGCCUCCCGCGACUGUCUUCGUCCUGGUGGAGGAUCCGCGCUCGACUGACGCCGUCCAGUUGCUCAGCUUCGACUCCCUGCUUCCUGAGUCUGGAAUCGUGGCCGACAUUGAUUUGGAGAAUAUCCUCUCACUGAACAGCGACAGCUUCUAUGAACUCAAGAGCCAGCCUAUUGGUGUAAGCCCUCCGAGUGCCCCCGCUCAAGGUCCCACCAUGUCUUCCCGGGUGCUUCUGCGGCAACAGCUGAUGCGGGCCCAGACUCAAGAGCAGGAGCGUCGGGAGCAGCAGCAGGCAGCUCAGUUCACCCCUGUGCCCCCUGCGCCUUCCACGCCUGCCAUUUCUGUGAGCCCCCUGGCUCGGCCUGCACCUGCCCAGGUGCCUGUGGAAGUCCUGAAGGUCCAGACCCACCUCGAAAACCCCACCAAGUACCACAUCCAGCAGGCGCAGCGGCAGCAGGUCAAGCAGUACCUUUCCACAGCCAUGGGCAACAAAAUAGCAACGCAGGCUCUGUCUGGGGCUAGCCCGGGGGCACCGACCUGCUCCCCGCAGGCGGCAUCUGCUCCUGAGGCCCAGCACAGCUUGGCACAGCAGCAGGGAGUGGCAGGAGGCACUGGCAGCGCCCCCAACAGCCCUAUGGCGAUGCUCAACAUUGGCUCCAGCUCCGAGAAGGAGAUUGAUGAUGUCAUUGAUGAGAUCAUCAGCCUGGAAUCCAGCUACAAUGAAGAGAUCCUUAACUAUGGGGCCCUGCAGAUGCCCAGCACUCUGCCGGUCUCUGGAAACCUCCUGGAUGUGUACAACAGCCAAGGGAUGAUGGAGCCAGCGGCCACAGUCAGCAACUCCUGCCCAGCCGACCUGCCCAAUAUCAAGAGAGAAAUGUCAGGUACUGGGCUGUCGGGAUCCACGCAGUGGGGCUUAGCACUGAAAGGUGCUGUGCCGCAAGACUGGGCGAGCCGCUCCAGAGUCAACAACACUGACCAUCUUUUUCUCCACUUGGUAGAAAACGAAGCCAAAGCGUUUCUGAAGGAAAGGCAGAAGAAAGACAACCAUAAUCUCAUUGAGCGGCGGCGGCGGUUUAACAUCAAUGACCGAAUCAAAGAGCUGGGGACCCUCAUCCCAAAGUCGAAUGACCCAGAGAUGCGUUGGAAUAAAGGAACCAUCCUGAAGGCCUCGGUGGAUUACAUCCGGAAGCUGCAGAAGGAGCAGCAGCGCUCAAAGGAGAUGGAGAUCAAGCAGCACAAGUUGGAGCAGACCAAUCAGAGCCUGCUGCUGCGAGUGCAGGAGCUGGAACUCCAGGUCCAGAUGCACGGGCUGCCUUUGACGACCACGCCAGGGCUUAUGACUCAGUCUCUGGGAGAUCCGGCUCCCACAUUUGCAGAGUCGCUGGAUCUGCCCUUCUCAGCUGGAGAACUGGGGCUGGAGCUUGCGCUGGGAUCUGACAGUGGAGGCCUGCAAGAUGUUCUUAUGGACGACGGGAUGACUAUAUCUCCACUUGGCGCCUCAGAUCCGCUGCUCUCCUCGGUCUCACCUGGUGCCUCCAAGGGCAGCAGCCGCCGUUCUAGCUUCAGCAUGGAAGACGACUCGUGAUGGCAGCACUUAGACUUUGGCAGUGGGAAAGGAGGAACGGGCUAAAGCUCCAUCCCUUCGCAUCAUACUCCGCCCCUUCUCAGACUUCUCCUAUUGGCCUCAGAUCUUGGAGGCUCCUCCCCUCUGCCGCUGUAGGCUGUGUCCCUUCUGAAGCACCACCACCUCUCCUCCCCCCCCCACAUUCCAUGUGCAGAGUUUACCCUUUGGCCCAUCCACAAUCUGUUGGGGGCAGAUAUAGUUCCCUCCUGUGGCAAAGUGGGUUGCAACGCUGUUUAACACCGAACCUCCCCAGAUACAGUAGAAAUAGGGUACCUCAUCACAAAGUGGGGCACCAUCAACCCUGCUGUACCCUCACAAGCUUCUGAUACUCUGGGAAUAGUGGGUUUGUACGCUUCGCUGAACCUGCCCUGUUUUUAACGUGAGUCGGGCCUUUCGUUAACACGGUGUGAGGAGUGCACAGCCACAAACUGUGGUUGGUUCACCCCAGCCCUUGCUCUGUUUCCUUGCACCUUCACUGUAUAUGUAAUUGGGGGAAUUAAGGAGGAAGAGGAUAGUGGCUCUCUUUAGAGCUGACUCAUAGUUUCGAGCCACUUCCUUUUUGUGUUUUUUAACAACCUUUAUUUUAUAUAGGUAUUGGACUUUUUUUUAAUUUGUUAAUCGCAUCCUUUCACCUUCCUUGUUUUAAGUUGGGGGUUCAAGUUUCGACCAAACUGCCCUUUUAAAAAC